GUUACCUCAACGCCUCUUGUAUUAUAAUUAUCACAAAGCCGUUCUCUAGCUCUGCUGACUAGACUGUUGCCUACUGGGCUGAUGUACUCUAGCUAGCUCAACGUGUAUAAAAGGUGUUCCAAGUUAUUCUAGUACAGUAAGAAGUAGCUCUAAAGCUCAGCUUUAACCUAUUCUGCGGUGCUGAAGUUCUGUUACACCUCAAGACCAAAUAACAACACUCGGCAAGCAUGGCCACCAGGGGCUCUGGUAGUAGCCGGUCUUCAAGAAAUAACGGCAUGAUGGGUUCCAGUUCCAUAGGCCCGGAGCGACAUCACUUAGCAAGACAAGUUCAGGCCUUCAAGCUCCAUGCUAAGAAGUUGAAAAAGAUAUUCAAAGAAACUGUGAAAGUGUUAUCAGAUCUACAGGACUUUGAUGAGAGUUUGUCCAUUGAUAAGAUCCUAGCCGUACAAGCGCAGAAGUGCAUAUCGAAUGUAGUCUCAGGGCGUACUGCGUUGGUAGUGUUUGGAGACACUAAACUACGCAUGUCUAUCGCUAACGAGGUUCUUGGUGAGGCCAUUCUCCCUGUGCCUAAGUCAUCUUCAGAGAAAUGGAGAAUGAUCCACUUCAAAUACAAGAAGAACAGAGUCAUCUCCUAUAUAGUGGACGGCUAUGAUGUCGCUCACACCACCAAGAGCCCUCAGGACUUCCUCCUCACUCGAAUACCUCGUGAUAACGUAUGUGUGAACGAGGCGGCCACUGACCCUGCCUUUGGUUCAGCCACCCUCGAGGUCGGCCUCAACAACCCCAUCCUAGAAGCAGGCUUUGAGAUCAUCUGCGCCCCCACUACGACAGAGGACAACCUCGAGGCAGUGAGGAAGACACUGCAAGUGUGUCAGGUGGAGCUCCAUCCCUUCUUUGUAUACGCUCAUGAUGGCAAGAAAGCACUCACUGAUCAGCAAAUUGCCGAGUUGAAUCUGAUUCGUCGGCAGAUGUCCGAUGUCCCACUACUCUUCUCCAUCAUAUCACAGGACUUCAUGAGCACACGCAAACACUCAUCAAGCACCGACCCCCUCUCAGGUCCCCAGCAUGGCACUGUCUCCUACAUCCACGAGCAGCUCUGCAAGAUUGGCUACCUCAAUGAUAUGACCGAGUCCCAGGGAAGUCUAUCACUAGGAGCAGCUACAAUAUCGCCACACGACGACCCUGACCUCAACACUGAUCCGUUCUUCAACUUCAUUCCCGUGGAUACAAUGGUGACCAAUUUCCUCGAUUUCAAUCAAGAGCUUCUCAGUUUCGUACAGUGCAAUAUGAAACAGCAGAUCACGAGUGCAGCCUCGUCACUACAUGACGCCCACGCUCGUUGCCUGCAGACGCUUAUCUUGUACGCCCACGAUCUUGCCCGGGAUAAUCUCGUAACGCCGAAACGCAUUAAGUACGCCCGUACCAAAGAGGAGGAGUUAUACACGCAGCUGAUCGAUCUAGCCUCGAGAAAACAGUCGGAAAUUAAGGAACUUGUGAACAAAGCUCUCACUGACGUUGCUGACCCAAUUAUACAAGAGGUUUUAGAGAUGGAAUUUGAUGAAAUUGAUCUAAGCGAAAGCUUGCAAUCGAAUCAAGUCACGUCUAAAAGUUGUCAGCAGCAGAUUCAAGAGGUGGUUUUUCGGGAGCUGAGUAAGCAUAUUUCCGAGAAGCUUGUGAAUUCGGUGAAUUAUCUCCGGGAGAGCGUGAUUGGUACGCUGCAGCGUUGUUUGGAGCGGCUGGAGGGCGGGUCGGCGUCGGCAACGGGGGAGUCCUUCGGUGAGGCUGAUUUGUCCAUGAGCUUUGAGGGCGGUGGUGAGACAACCAGAGCACUCAGUCAGAUCUUGGACACUGCCUACAACCUUGAGUUCAAUGAGCGCACCUCCACCUCUGCUGUCAGACUGUUAGUGGAGCGACUCAGACAAGCCUUUCAGGGUUCCUCCCCCAAGGGCCAGAAGUUUGACAGUGAAUGGCGUACCAAGUACGUCCGCACACUGAUUGGUGGGCUGAGUGCGACCCGCCUCUCAAAGAGUAUCUGUGCUCAGUUCAGAGGUAAAGUGACCUCCUCCCACGAGACCUUCCUCACGGCCAUCAAGCAGCUGGAGAUGAGGCACUCGGGUAGACUCAAGGAGACUCAGGACCAAAGGAACACCAUCAGGAAGGUACUGACCCCUCGUAUGGCCAGACUCAGUCUCUCCUCGGUGGCUCUCAGGGAUGGUAUUGUACACGGACUACCAAUCACUGGUCGUGAGUUAGGGCGUGGUCAGUAUGGGGUGGUGUUCCAGUGUGCAGAGUGGGCGGGUAAAGGUCCUUUAGCCGUCAAGUCUGUGGUACCUCCUGAUGAGAAACACUGGAACGAUCUGGCUCUGGAGUUUCACUACACUUGGACCCUCCCUAAGAACGAGCGUGUUGUCAACCUAGUGGGUGCCCUCAUCGACGAUGACUACUCUAACGGGUCCAACGCAGUGGUCUUGCUCAUCAUGCAUCGCUACCCCAGGGACCUCCACGCUGCCCUCAAGGUGGGACUGGACUUCGGCACUCGGAUGCAGAUAGCGGCUGACGUGGUGGAUGGGAUCAGGUUUCUGCACAGUCAGGGCCUCCUACACAGGGACAUCAAACUCAAGAACGUUCUGCUGGACAACACCAACAGAGCCUGUCUCACAGACCUUGGGUUCUGCAAACCAGAAGCCAUGAUGACCUGUACCAUCGUAGGCACACCUAUACACAUGGCUCCCGAACUCUUCGGCGGUAACUAUGACAACUCGGUGGAUAUCUACGCCUUUGGUAUCCUUUUCUGGUACAUAUGUGCUAACGACACUAAGUUACCCGGAGCAUUCGAUGCUUGCCAGAACAAGGAGCAACUUUGGACGGCAGUUCGGAAAGGGUUAAGACCAGAACGUCUACCGAGAUUUGACACAGAUUGCUGGGAGUUAAUGACGGCCUGUUGGCAUGGCGACCCGAUACAAAGACCCUUAGUAGGAGAUAUAACAAUGAGACUGCAUUUGAUAAUGAAGAGAAUUGGCAGGAAGCCACUCAAGUGACAAUUUUGUGUGUUUAUUAUUAUUAUUAUAAUUUAUAGAGACAGUUAAUAUUAUUUAGAUGUCUGUGUGUGUGUGUGUGUGUGUGUGUGUGUGUGCGUGUUUUGUAUUUCUUUUGCUCACCAAAUUAUUUGAGUGUACUGUACAUACAGUGACGCCACUUCAAUUGUUAUUCUGUUAUAUUCACCAGAAAACUUUAAUAGUGCUUUUUUGAACUUAUAAUAUAUAUCAGUGUAUUGUUAUUUGAA